AUGAAAUGGGGAAUUGAUUUUAUUGGCACCAUAAAUCCACCUUCAAGUGUUGGGCAUAGGUGGGUUAUUACUGCUACUGACUAUUUUACAAGAUGGACUGAAGCAGUGGCUCUGAAAGAAUCCAAUGAAUCAGCUAGUUUGAAUUUCUAUGAUGAUUUAGUAACUAGAUUUGGGGUUCCUGAAUCUAUCAUAUCUGAUAAUGCUUUGGUUUUUGUUGGUUUAAGGGUGAGUGACUCGGCAGUUAAAAAUGGCAUCUAUUUGAACACAUCCUCUAAUUAUUACCUACAGGGUAAUGGUUUGGCGGAAUCAACUAAUGAGAACCUAAUAAGGAUUAUCAAGAGGACUCUGCAGGAUAAUCAGAGGGAUUGGCACAAUAAGUUGAAAUCUUCUUUGUGGGUAGAUAAAAUUACUCAUAAAACAUCCAUUGGUAUCUCACCCUAUAAGAUGGUAUAUGGUAAAGAGGCAAGGCUUCCGAUUUCUACUGAGCUUCCUUUACUUGAUCUUGCGAAUGCUCUAGGCAGUUUUGAAGCAAAUGAUCCUAUGGAGGUGAGGUAUUUUGAGUUAUUAGAGUUGAAGUAA